AUGCACUAUCCCGAGUAUGUACCCACACUAGUGAUAGACCUUGAUAAGGUCAUGUGUCACUUAGAAUAUGAUCGGAAGACAGGAUGGCAAGUUGUGAAACGACCAGGCGCCGAUAAGUUCUUUAAGGAAUUGCAGCAUUACUAUGAACUGGUGUGUUACUCUGACGAUGUCAUUCCUGUUGCUUCUGAUGUUAUGAUGAAAUGGGAAGUGCCUUGUACGGGUGUUUUACACAGGGAUUUCUGCAGGAAGACCAGAAAAGGAUAUAUGAAAGAUAUAAGUCAACUUGGUCGUAAAGCAGACAAGAUGAUACAGCUAGAUCACGAGGAAGUUGCAUUAGGCAAGAACAAGGAUAAUGGGGUACUCAUCAAGCCCUACGAUGGCGAUCCGGAUGAUAGGGAGUUGUAUGACCUCAUCGACUUCCUCAAGGCCGCGGCUGUUAGUCAGGAGGAUUUGAGGGACUUCAUCAAGAAAUAUGGUGGUGGAUUGGAUGGGAAUAUUGGCAGACGAUUUCUGAUAGAAAAGAAGGAAAAAGAGAAUGCCGUGCAGCAUAGACGAUCCAUCGGAAGGUUCUGA